AUGUCCGCGACGAGCGGCGGACCUCGUCGGCGGAGUCCAUCGAACGCCUCGUAUAGAUCAUUUCACCAUCGACCUAACAAAGAUCUACUGUCAUCACCCGUAUCAAAGUUACAGCUAAUAUUAGCGACAUUAGGAGUACUACUACCAUGUGGGAUACUGUUAUUAUGGCAACAAGUACAGUUGGAGCAGCUCAGAUUCAAAGUUUUUAGGCUAGAGGAAAGGCUGGGAUUGGAUGAUCAGGUUGGUUACUUUACAAUAAGUUAUAAUGUUGUAAUUCAAAUAUAUCAUGUUGUGUACACACACCCAUGUGUAUGUCCAGGCCAUGUAAAUAGCCCAGCCUUGGUCUUUAACCGCGAUUUAUGCAAAUUCAAGCGCAUCUGCUCGGCUAUGUGAGAAAUUGCAUAAGCCUGUUGUUACAGGAGAUUAACCUUAAAUUAUAUCUUGCGACGAUACCAACAUUCUCUCGUAUCUUCGUAAUUGGCUUAGUGUAAAGACUAGGUUUAUAUGCGAAGAAACUUUGUUUACCGCAGUGUUUUUAAAUUUAAAUAAUUUUAAAAUUAAAACAGUUAGAUUACCGCAACCUAAAUAUUACUAUUGAAACAAUGACUAACAGAUGUAUAUACAUCUGUUGUAGUAGAUACGAAGCUAUAAUGACCAGUAAUCUCUUGAGAAGUAACUUUUAUUAACAAUAAAGUCAUCUUAAGACGGCCAUUAACUCCGGAGGUUACUUUUUAUAUUAAUGGCCACUAAAAUGAGCAGUAAACGGUUACUCUUUCCAUCUAAGACAAUGUCAAAAGCUGGCUAAGCAAACAAAGCCAUUAACAAUAUUAAGUUUUAGUCUUUUUUAGGCUUAAAAAUAGAUUUAAUUAGGUCUUAAGUCACUUAUUAGACUACUUAGGCUUCCGAUUAUAUUCAAAUUAAGCGCAAAGGUCGGCGGGUACCUAAAAUUAGCUACAAUUCCGGAUUUAAUUAAAAUACGAUGUUUACUUUGCCCUUUUAUAUUACUUUUUGGAGUGUAAAAACAUUUAUAUUGCAAUUUGAGAGAAUUCUUUGCACUUCUUUGUAUAAUAACAUCACCAAAAUAAUCUUAAAUAUUGUAAAAUACAAUCUUUCUUCAAUUACACUUGAACAAAACCUGAAGAUAUAGCAUGACAAAGUAAAACAAACACAUUUCAGCCCUUUGCCGACCAAUUAAUACAACAAAACACGAGUAAUACCAGGAUACACCGGUCGAUCUUCGAAGCAGAUGAUAAGGCGACACAACAGACACAACCGCGAUGCUUCUGCCCUCCAGGUAUGACAAAGCUUUAUUCAUAGUUUACUUUAAACUCGUAAAAAUGAAAGAAAACCUACUAUCAUAACUUCAAAAUAGUAUUUCUGAGUAAAGGCAGAUGUCAUCUUUUUGUAUUUAAGGCAGAUUUUUUUUAUUUUCGGUAAAAUUACAUCAAGUAGACAAUGUAAAUCCCACAUUUCGUAUUUCGGACGUCAGCUGUCGUAUUUCAAUGAAAAUCAAUUUGAAAACCGCUGGAAACAUGACAUUUUGACAUAUGUCAUUACUUUUGUUUUUUGAAAAUUCUUGUGGUUUAUCAAAAAAAAAUAAGCGUGUUAUCCAUACCAAUUUUAAAAACAUAAAGCUAUAAAAUUUAAAUCAAAAACAAUACUUUCAGGACCAAAAGGAGAGCCGGGUGAACCAGUAAGUACCAACUGAACCAAUAUCAACUUAAUAACUUAUGUACUUUAACUUGUUAAUAGUCGUACUUUGAGUGUGGUACUGUGCCGUAACUGUGUAUUACUUUUAGGGCCCUCCAGGCAUCUGCAAGCAUAACCACAAGAGGCUACGUGAACGUGUCGUUGUCAGUUUUACUUUCAGUUUACUUUAUUUUAAACUUAUUUUAUUAAUGUGACAUUGUUUUAUAACAUAGUUAACUACAAUAUUUUUGUGAAAUGUGUAAUAUUUGACCUUGCUUUACGUGUUGUGGAUUCUAGCCUUUCGACCGGUUGAAUCGUCGCAAUCUCAAACACUACGGCUUCUUCUACGCUCCAGAUGGGCGCACGAUAGAAGUCAGAGGCAUGCCUGGACCACCAGGACCACCGGUACUAAUUUUAUUUUAUUUCAAAAGAAUUUAGUUUACUCGUAUUUUACAUUUUCAGUUUUUUAUUUUGAUAAUUGUAUUAUAAUUUUGGUUUUCAAUGUUUUUGAUUCACAAAUAUUACUGUAAUUCUUGUGUUACUGUAACUUGUAAAAGUAACGUUUUUUAACUACGCUAAUCCAUUAAUUCUUUCGUUAUUUAAGUAAAUUCAACUAUUUUAGGGACCAAAAGGAAUUCGAGGAUACCCUGGCUUCCCAGGACCAAUAGGACUAGAUGGACCAAGAGGACUACCUGUAAGUUAAUAUUUUUUGUCUAUACUAUCAAAUGAUUACUCAACGUAAUAAUAUAUUCAAAUUUCCUUCAUUUAUAGGGUAUUCCCGGCUCCAAAGGCGAUACUGGAGAACGUGGUCCUGCUGGUCCAGUUGGCCCACCCGGACCAAAAGGUGAUCCAUCAGCACCAUUUGUACAACGAAUGGCAUACGCUCAGACCCGUUCAUCACCCUAUUCUGCUGAGACUGUGGCUCCAAUUGUAGUACAAGGACCACCGGGACCACCUGGUCCUACUGGUAAAGCUGGUCCACCUGGGCCUAAAGGAGAACGAGGACUACCUGGCUUUGAUGGGGAGAGUAAGGUGGGACCAAAAGGAGACCGAGGAGAGUCUGGUCGACCUGGAAUGCCUGGACUAAAAGGGGAACCUGGUGUCAAGGUAGGUUACUGUAUCCUACUGUAUUAUAAGUCAUUAUAAGUUUUCUACUGUAACUUUUAUAACUGUUUUUUUAAUGGUUGCUAUCUUUCAAAUUUUUAAUUUUCGACCGGUUACUGUACUUUUAAUUUUUUGGUUUACUGUACUUUUCAAACCUUAUCGGUUACUGUAACUUUUGUGUGGUACCAUUUCCUUCUUUCCUAGGGUUCAAUGGGACUUCCUGGUAGGGAUGGUGCUACUGGUCUAGUAGGACCGCGAGGCUUCCCGGGUGCCAAAGGUGACCAAGGAGAUCGUGGACUACCAGGACCCCCUGGACCAUCUAGUAACAACCAUGUCCAGAUGGAUCGGCACCACAAUUACCAUCUUCAUGCCACCACUCCAGUACCACCAACUUGUCCUCCGGGACCACCAGGACCACCCGGUCCGCCUGGUAUUACUGGUGCUCCAGGCUUUGUCGGACCACAAGGCCCACCUGGACUAAUGGGACCACCUGGAUUGGAUGGAAAGCCAGGUAUUCCAGGACAAACUGGUCAACGGGUAAGUGGUGUUGUCAAGGCUCCUACUGUAGUUACUGUGUUCUUUAUUUUUUUUACAAUACACUUUUUGAAUCCCUGGUUACUGUAAUUCCGUUCUUCAAAACUUUGAUUAUAUUUUAGUCCAUUGGUUACGUAUUGUUCGAUAAAUCCCAUUCUAACCACCAAAUAUAUUGUUAUAGGGUGCCAAAGGUGACCGCGGAGAUCGUGGACUACGUGGCAUUCCAGGCGAGCCAGGAGUGUCUACAGUACAAGGCAGCGGUGGAAGUACAGUAAUCCAAGGCCCACCAGGACCACCUGGACGAGACGGAGAGAAAGGAGAGAAGGGAGAAAAUGGCAGCAAUGGAGUACCAGGACCAAUAGGACCAAAGGGAGAACCAGGCAUGCCAGGGAAACGUGGCAGGAAGGUAGGUCGGGUUACUGUACUUUAGUCUUUGUGACUUUCUUACUGUAACUUUUUAAUUUUACUGCAACUUUUAUCGUAGCUAUAUUUUCUACUGUAGUUUCAUACUGUAGUUUUUUCAACUUAUUUUAGUUCAUUUUUUGUUUUUUCAUACCGUAGUUUUAUAUUUUCUUACUGUAUCUCGUGGUUGUGCCUUUUCUAUCCAGUUCUGUCAUUUAGUUGCCAAAGGGAAUGCUGCGACAAGAAGUAGACGAGCUCCUCCCAACUUUGUUACCUAUUCUUCGUUCAGAGAUCAUGAAGAACGUUAGCCAAGGACCACCUGGACCAAUGGUAAGUACCAAAUACCCACCAUCAGACAUUGUUUAGGGACCCAUGGGACCACCCGGAAUUGGUACUCGUGGUCCACAAGGACUGCCAGGCCAUUCUGGAGAGAAGGGCGACCGAGGUGACAUCGGACCACCCGGCCUAAUAGGCCCACCUGGACUACCAGGACCACCAGGCGAAAGAGUACAAGUGGCGUCGUCGGGAGCCACAAAUGCUGUAGCUGGUCCUCCUGGUCCACCUGGGCCGAGAGGUUCCUCUGGACUGCCAGGACCACCAGGACUAAAAGGAGAUCGAGGAGACACUGGACAUGUGGGACUACCUGGCAACAUGGGACUGCCUGGUCCACCUGGUCCUCAAGGGAUUGCAGGCAGAGACGGCAAAGAUGGUCAACCGGUAACAUAUAAUAAUUACGUAUUUUAGAUUUCAGGAACUAUUUCAUUUUAAUCGUUUUUUUCCACUUUCUGGAUGUUUCUUGAUAUUGUAGUAGUGCCUUUUAUUUUAGUACCCCUUUUAGUACUUUUUUCAUGGUUAUUUUUGCUUAAUAGUUAUAGGAUACUACUAUAUGUUAUUAUUUUUAAAAAAAAUAAUAAUGUAUGGUCAACAUUAUGUUUUAGGGACAAGAUGGUCUACCUGGACAAAAAGGUGACUUAGGACUACCUGGACCAGCAGGACCAAUAGGUCCGCCUGGCGAACGAGGGGCCAGAGGACGGCCUGGACUAAGAGGCGCCAAGGGAGAUCAAGUAAGAUGACAUACAUUAUUAUAUAUUAUGAUUACUUUGAAUACUAUAACAUAAUUGCAAGAUCACCUUUCUUACUGUAGCUAGUUUCCUUUCUUACUGUAGCGAGCUUCAUUUAUCAUAAAAACUAACUGUUUUAGGGUAUUCCCGGACUAGAUGCACCAUGCCCAACUGGUCCCGAUGGUCUCCCACUACCGUACUGCUCAUGGAAGCCGUAUGAUGUAAGUUUUCGUAUAUAAUAUUACACUUUCAUGUACAUAACAUAAGAUUAAGUACAUAUCAUGUAUGUACAAUGUGAGAUUGCUGUAUAAUUCUUGACUAAACACUCAGUAUCUUUGAUACUGUAAAUAACUACUGAGUACGGUAACAAAGUUUUCCUAAUCAUAAUAUACUACUUACUGUAUAAUUACUGUCAUAAACUUGCUUUAAUGUAACUUACUGUCAUAUAACUUGCUGUAAUAUAACUUACUGUCAUAUAACUUACUGUAAUAUAACUUACUGUCAUAUAACUUACUGUUUGCUGUGUCAAUUUCAGGCUUCUCAGAAGAGCGAUAACACGUAAGAAGAUACGACCAUGUUCUUAGUCGGUUAUCACUCUGUUGUCGCUGUUAUCACCCCAUAGUUAUUGCACGUUUUCAAUUCACUAAAGAAGCUACAGUAAUACAUAAGGAUUGCAGUUACAAUAUUAGUUACGGUAGCAUCAUUUGCACUGUAAUUUUAGUAUUAAUUACAGGACAAAGUACCGUAACAUUUCUUAUAGUAAAAAUAGUACGGCAGUUUUAAAAAGAUUACUGUAACUUCAAUAUUACUGUCCUUAUUGUCAGAUUACGGUAACAUUCGGGGUUUCAGGAAGAAGCCAGAAGAAUCAGCCGCGACCUCGGGAAAUAACACUGAGAUCACGUUAGACACGGUCGAGGGUACCCUCAGUUGGAGCAUCACCACUUGA